AUGACAGAACCAACUCAAGUUACCAUCGAUACUUCACUUGAAGGCAUCUCAGUGAUCACUAUCAAUCGUCCAGAGAGGAAGAAUGCCGUUGAUACCCUAACAGCAGAAGCUCUCUACCAGGCCAUUCUCAACUUCGAAGAUGAUCCCAAACAGAAGGUCUGCGUUCUAACCGGUGCUGGGGGUACAUUUUGCGCAGGAGCCGAUCUACACGGCGUGGCCCAAGCAAACCAUGACAAGCCCGCGGCGAAUCUCCAGCCUGUCAAUGGCCGGAACUUAGGUCCCAUGGGGCCCUCCCGAAUGAUGGUGAAAAAGCCUGUCAUCUGUGCUAUAUGCGCGUGGUUGAGGAAGAUGCCGUCUUUGGUGUCUUCUGCCGACGGUGGGACCGUUCGUUUGCAAGCCAUUGUUGGACUCGGUCGUGCCCUGGAUAUGACCUUGACUGGGCGUGCCAUUGGGGUUCAGGAAGCUUUGGCUAUGGGACUGGCAAGUCGGGUGGUUUCUAAAGGGGAAUCUUUGAAGGAGGCAAUUGCGCUGGCAAAGCAGCUGAUUGCAUUUCCCGACCUAUGUCUCAACACGGACCGCCAGUCCUGCUACUACAGUGCCUACAAUGCGUCAUCUUUCCAGGAUGCCAUGGUACAGGAGUUCAAUGCCGGAGAGAAGGUGAUUUCGAAGGAAGCUAUUGCAGGGGCUGCUAGAUUUAGCAAAGGCCUGGGAAGACAUGGCAAUUUCCAAGACCACAGCAAGCUUUAG